AUGCUCACUGGAUCUACGACCGCGAUCUUCCCCGUGUCAUCCACCACGGAUACCAGUGUGGCAGUUAUUGAGACCAGUACUACCGCCGAAACCAGCGAGACUGACACCGAGACUUCUACGACACUUUUGACCAGCACCACGGCUGCAUCAGUGGACACUACCACUACUGGAGAGGGAACAGCUACAGCAAUUGAGACUACCACAGCCGCCGAGUCUGGAACUACAGCUACCACUGAGGCUGUAACCACGACCGGGGAGGCAACCACCACAAAGGCUCAGACAACCACCACAGCAGAGGCCGAGACUACUACUACAGAGGCCGCUACUACAACAACCGCCGCAGACCCCGGCUGUGCCCAAACCAUACUCCUAGCCAAUCCCACUCCGAUCUUUGACGCACAGAAUGGUAGAUAUGAUGAUUUCAACACCGGCGUCACUGCACCUUUCCCCAUCGAGUUCUUUGGCGCUGCCUCAAGCAGUGUCUACGUCAGCACGAACGGCUUUCUAUCACUAGACUCGGGCUCGAAUUCUUAUGCCAAUACCGGAUUGCCCACCGAAAGCAUCCCGAGUAAUAGCAUCAUGCCUUACUGGGAAGAUCUCCUGAUCACCGAGGGCACCUGUAACACGGGCAUCUUCUACGAUGUCUAUGAAACCGCCCGCGGCAGCACCUUCACCAUCGAGUAUAAUGUUGGCAGUCUUCAGCCUUCGCUGAUAGGAACCGGUGAGCACUUCUCGGUCAGUUUCUACGAGGACCAUCCCGGCUUGGUCAGGUUUGAGUACUAUCAGACUACAAAACAUGGUUCGAGCGCAACUAUUGGUCUGCAGAGUGGGGAGAUGUUCUCCCAAUUCUCUUUCAACCAGGAAAACUCUGUCCCUGAUCAGUACUUCAUUGAGAUUGAAACGACCGAAGGAGGAGGCGCACUCACCCGAACAGGUUCUCUGUAA